AUGACAAAAAAGAGUGAAAAAGAAGGAGUCAAGAAGACAAAGAGUGAGCUUGCACGUGAAAAAAAGGAGGUUAUUCCAUGUACAGGGAAAGAGGUGCCAUAUCCUUUGGUACCAUCAAAGAAAGACAAGGAGCAACAAUUAGCUCAGUUCCUUGACAUCUUCAAGAAAUUGGAGAUAACAAUUCCCUUCGGAGAAGCCUUGCAGCAGAUGCCACUCUAUUCAAAAAUUUUGAAAGAUCUAUUAACCAAGAAGAGCAAGUACAUUCACAGUGAUAAUAUUGUUGUGGAGGGAAAUUGCACUCUCAUUGAUUUGGGGGCCAGUAUAAACUUGACGCCACUCUCCAUGUGCAAGAGACUUGGAGAGUUGGAGAUUAUGCCAACAAAGAUGACACUACAACUAGCAGAUCAUUCUAUUACCAAACCAUAUGGUGUAAUUGAAGAUGUUUUGGUUAGAGUGAAGCAUUUUACUUUCCCCGUUGAUUUUGUAGUGAUGGAUAUUGAAGAGGACACUGAAGUCCCCUUGAUCUUGGGACCUCCCUUCAUGUUAACUGCCAGUUGCGUGGUGGAUAUGGGAAAGAAAAAGUUGGAAAUGGGCAUAGCUGAUUAG